UUUUUUCUGUCUUUCUUCUUUCUUUCUUUCUUCUUUCUUUCUUUCUUCUUUAUAUCUUCAUCAUGUCAGACACAUUUAUCUUUCAUGAUAAUUCUCGUUUAAGACAGAGUGAUGACAAGACAACAUUAUGGAUGGGCGAUUUGGAUUAUUGGAUGGAUGAGAUCUUUCUCAGACAAUUAUGGAGUUCUUUAUUUGGAGACAGUAUUGUGGUCAAAUUGAUUCGAGAUAAAAGAACAAAUGCAAGUUCGGGUUAUGCUUUUAUAGGAUUUGACUCUACUCAAGCAGCCCAAAAAGCACUCGAUACAUUUCAUGGAACAAGAAUACCAAAUUCAAGUAAAUUGUUUCGACUCAACUGGGCAUCUGGUGGUGGUAUUUGUGAUAAAAAAGAGAACCGUGCACCUGAAUACAGUCUGUUUGUGGGUGAUUUGAGUAACGAUAUAGACGAAACUUAUCUAUUGGCAUUAUUUCGUGCUAGAUAUCCUUCGUGUCACUCUGCCAAGAUCAUGACAGAUCCACUUACAGGUUUAUCAAGGGGCUACGGAUUUGUACGAUUCUUAAACCAAUUGGAACAACAGGAAGCUGUUAUUGAAAUGAACGGUGUCUUUUGUGACAAUAGACCCAUUCGAGUAUCUUUUGCUACUCCUAAAACAACCCAUUUGCAUCAGAAAUUGGAACAACCCUUCUCCCCUCCUUAUCAAUAUGAACAGCCCUUAUCUCCACUUUCACAACAUGAUGCCAGAUAUAUUCAACUGUCUUUGCAGGCACCUGCUCUUGUUCAUCAACCAACAGAUCCCAAUAAUACCACUGUGUUUGUAGGUGGUUUGUCUUCUCCUGUGACUGAAGAUGAAUUAAGACAGUAUUUCUCUCCAUUUGGUGAAGUGGUCUAUGUCAAGAUACCACCAGGCAAAGGCUGUGGCUUUGUACAAUAUGUUUCCCGUAUGUCUGCAGAAAAGGCAAUUGAAAAAAUGAAUGGGUUUAUGAUUGGAAAUUUUAGAAUACGUUUGUCUUGGGGUCGAUCUCAAACAGAUAAAUCCAACCAACAUACAGUGAUUAAAAGUCCUCCUCUUCCUCCUCCUUCUUUGGAAAAUAAUAGCAAUAUGCGUUUACUGACUUCUUUUCGUCCAUUAUCCCCACCUAUUUCAUCUCAAUUCAACUCAUCUUUCCUCUCAUUAAAUCAACCGCAGCAACAGCAGCAACAAGAUCAGCUGUUUUUACGUUCCGCAAUACAUGAUGAUGAUUGGCUAUUACAGUUAAAUCAACAACAGCCACACUACAAUGAUAACUUGAAUUGGGGCAUUUGGUAACCUCUUUUUUUUUGUAUUUGUUUAAUAUUUAAUAUCUCCUUAUUGUAUGCUUUCUAUAUCUUUAUAUAUAUAUAUAUUUUUUUUUGCUUCAUUCUAUGUUUAUUUUAUUAUUGCUAUUGUAUGCUUGUUUAUUUAUUAAAGAUUUGCUGUCAGUUUAAA